AUGUCCACUUCAGAAUACCCCACUGCAGUCGUCUUUGAUCUAGAUUACACUUUAUGGCCAUGUUGGUGUGAUACCCAUAUCUCACCACCACUAAAAUCACUUUCACAAUCAGAAAUCAUUGAUUCAUCCAAAAUGAAACUAUCUUUCUAUCCUCAAGUAGAAUCUAUAAUACUUGAACUAGUUGCUAACAAUGUCACAAUAAUAGGAGCUAGUCGCACAGCUACUCCAUCAAUAGCCAAAAAAAUUCUAACUUUACUUUGCAUUGAUGGUAAAUCAGCAAUUCAUUACUUUGAUGCUCUUGAAUGGGGUCAAGGGUCUAAAACCAAACAUAUCAGAUUAGCAGCUAAACAACUUGGAUUAACCGAGGAGCUAGAACAGGGGGGGUUUAUUCUAUUUGAUGAUGAAAUGAGAAAUAAAGAUGUUGCUAGUAUUAAUUGUCAUUUUGCUCAUGUUCCUAAUGAAUCAUUGGGAUUGACCAGAAAUGUGUUUGAAAAAGGGUUACAAUCUUGGAGGGAGGGAGGCAAAACAAAAAGAAAGUAA